CGUGCUCUGCGGCCCAGCGCGAAUGGCCUCCGGAGGUUUCUGCUACCGCUCCUCCUCCGCGCGUCCCCGCACCUUUCCAGCCCAAAUCUGGGUCCAUGCCCACCCCGCGCCGCCGCCGGGCAGAUGGAGACGGCAACGGUGGCCUCCUGGCUUUCGGAAGCUCCGAGGGGGAGCGCUCCUGCCCGAGUCUGCCUGACGAGUGGGACUGGAGCCCGGAGCGCCCUGAAGUUUGGGAAAGGCAGGAGUGGAAGCGAAGGGAUGCGCUGCACGCUCUCUGGGGGUGCGGGACCCGCCUCUUCGCAGUUUCCCUGUAGGCAAGUUUUCCUCAAGUGCGCGCUGCACCGGGGCGACACCCCAGAGCAGACUGCCGGGGUGAGGGUGGGGUGACAGGGAGCGCGCGUCUGCUACUUUCUGCCCCAGCACUCGGGAUCUCGCUGCCAGGUGUUCCAGCGUCCGCGCCUCCCCGCCCCCGGCCCUCCCCCGUAGCCGGCAGGUUCAACCCAGAGGAGGUGUCGCCGGGAGCCAGCCCCAGGCCCGCAUCCUCCUCCCACUCCGCCCCGGCAGCGGCAGCUAAAAGCCCGCGGCUCCAAAGUGGAACUGGAUUCACUUCUUCAGCCAGGGCCGACUCGCCUCCGGGCGCCCCUUCAAAGGCCGGUGAAGUUAAGUCUCCAGAGGAGUCUUGAACCCGGGUUCACGACCCGUACAAAUCUAGGGGCAGGGCGGUGUCAUGGAGCUCUCUGGGGCGCAGCUGUCAGGAUCAGCGCCCUUCGGAGAGCCCCCGCCGGCCGAGGAACAGCCAGCUACGGAGGCCCUCUGCUUGGAGGGUGGCGAAGGUGGUGGCACAACAGAGGCCCCGAUCCCUGAAAGUCAGCUAGGGGACAGGUCCCUCUCCGGUAAGGAGGAGACUGCCCCCCAGGAGCAGGAGGAGCUGCUGGAAUGCCGCCGCCGCUGCCGUGCGCGUUCCUUCUCCCUGCCCGCCGACCCCAUCCUGCAGGCGGCCAAGUUUCUACAGCAGCAGCGGGCCUUGGGGCUGGGCGACCAGCCCGCCGAAGGGGCUGAGGACUCGCCACACAGCCCCGAAGGCUGCUGCGCCAAAUGCAAGAAGCGGGUGCAGUUCGCCGACACGCUGGGGCUGAGCCUGGCCAGCGUGAAGCACUUCAGCGAGGCCGAAGAGCCGCAGGUGCCGCCCGCGGUGCUGUCGCGCCUCCGCAGCUUCCCCCUGCGGGCCGAGGACCUGGAGCAGCUGGGGGGCCUGUUGACUGCGGCGACUGCGGCCGCGUCCCUCUCCGUGCAGCCUCCCCGGCUCCGGCCGUUCUUUCAGCUCCCGGAGCCGAGCGUCGCCGCUGAGCGCCUGCGGCGGCAGCGCGUGUGCCUGGAGCGCGUGCAGUGCUCGGAGCCCUCGGGCGCGGGGGUGAAAGGCUCCGGCAGGGUGCUCUGCUGUCCCGGGCCCAGGGCGGUGACCGUGCGCUACACCUUUACCGAGUGGCGCACCUUCCUGGACGUGCCGGCGGACCUGCAGCCCGAGCCCCGGGAGCCUCAGCACCCAGAGGCGCCGUCGGGGGUCGCCAGACCGGGGUCCCAGGAAGCUGAGAAAGAGCUGGGCACCGAGCACUUCCACUUCUCGCUGUGCUUGCCCCCGGGCCUGCGGCCUGAGGACGGCGAGGAAGCGGGAGCACGCGGCGUGGCCGUCCACUUCGCUGUCUGUUACCGCUGCGCCCAGGGUGAAUACUGGGACAACAACUCCGGGGCCAACUACACGCUGCGCUACGCUGAUGCGCCCUGAGCCCCGGGCGCUUAGAAGGGCCGGGGGGCAGCCGCGCUCGAGGGCCUUGCUGGGGCGCUCUUCAGAGUAUUGUGGAUCUGGCGUGAGGAGAGCCUGGAACCAUGACAUAGAAAAAGGAUGGAGCCGUUGAACCGUAAACUCGCACCCCAGGCGGCCCCUUGACUGAGUCUAGUGAGCGGGAGCAAAGCACUGAAGGUUCUCGCCACUUGGCACCUUCCUAGGUGGCCUCUCCGGUUCCCAGCCUGCAUCAGAAUGGGAAGACAUCUCCAAGGCCCCAGCAGUAACUUCAUCCAAGAAAAAGGCUCCCCACUCCUGAGCGUGGUUCUAAGACUUUGGGAUUUGUUUUGAACUCUACAUGUCACAUUUUAGCCCUUGCAGCUUGCUGGAGACCUCUGGGAAGGACAAAAUCCAGACACCGCGCCGAAGGAAGGUGCUCGAUUGUGGGAGCACGCGUGGCACCCCUACACCCCUGGAAGGGCUAUUUGUUAGAGAAACCGGGUGGGGGCUGGGCCAGGUCCUUAUCUUUUUGCUGGAACCUGGGGAAUAUUCUCCCAGACUUGUGCGAUUGUGUACAAAUGUCCUUUUGUAAGUGUAAAGACCACUUGCACACCCGUUUAGGCUGUACUUUAUAUUUUAGGUUCCAUGCCUUUUUUUUUUGCAGUUUUUGGCUGGGGCUGGGUUUGAACCCACCACCUCUGGUAUAUGGGGCCCGCGCCCUACUCCUUUGAGCCACAGGUGCCAGGUUCCAUACCUUUGAGGAGACCUUGGCAAUCAGGCAAUCUCUGGCAGCUGAUGACAUGCGCACUUUAAUAAUCAUUGAACAAUAGUAUUUGCCACCAGGCGGGUGGCUCACGCCUAUAAUCCUAACACUCUGGGAGGCUGAGGCUGGUGGAUUGCUUGAGCUCACGAGUUGGACACCAGCCUGAACCAGAGAGAGACCCCAUCUCUAAAAACUAGCUAGGCGCCUGUAGUCCCAGCUACUCAGGAGGCUGAGGCAAGAGAAUUGCUUGAACCUUAGAGUCUGAGGUUGCUGUGAGCUUUGAUGCUUCAGCACUCUAACCCAGGGUUAGAGUGAGACUGUCUCAAAAAAAAAAAAAAAUAGUAUUUUUCUCAAAAAAAGUCUUAAUUUUCACAAAUUUCUCUUUAAGCCCUCCUCUGUGAUGCUGAAGGGCCCAAAUUUUCCAUGGUGGGCAAAAAUGCUCUCUAAAAUGUUUUUACAAAGGGUUCUGUGCCCUACCAACAUAAGAUGUUUGGUGAAUUGAAAUGGCAGAGUAAUCUGGUAGGCCUUGGAUGUGAGCUGCAAAGCCGGACACUCGGAGCCCAACCUCCUGUGUGUAGACAGAUCCCAGGAAGCUGCUAGGGCACAGCGCCCAUCUGGGUGGCAGCAGCUGCUGGACUGGCCAUUAGCAAGUCAAUGCCAGGGCCCCCUGUGCUGUGGUGACUUGAUGGAUGCUGAAAUGUGCCCAGCAAGUCCAUGGUGGUCAGACCCAGAUGGGCCUGUGCUCCGGCAGGACUGCAGGGCAGGGUCUGGACUGCCUUCUUUCCUUGGUGCUGCUGGUUGUCAAUACCGAGAUGAUGUGGCUGUGCAUGAACUGGCAGGUAGGCAUCCUGGUGACCAGGUGAUUACUCCACCCCUUGGUCAUACUGUAGUAAUUUACCUUAAGAAAAAAAAAAGUCUUCCUAAUUUCCAGCACAUGGCUAGUAUCAUCAAUUAGUUUUGGGACAGCCGUCUUUAAGGAGGGACAGUUUCACUGUUGCUCUAUAGAACAGGGUUGGCACCCUAUCAGCCGUGCACUAAACUUCAUCCAUAGCCUGUUUCUGUAGGGCCUAUGGCUUAACAAUGGUUUUUACAUUUUUUAAUUGUUGAAAAAAACUCAAAAGAAGAAUACUAUUUUGUAACACAUGAGAAUUAUAUGAAAUUCAAAUUUCAGUGUUCAUAAAUAAGUUUUACUGGAAUGCAGCCAUGCACAUUCUUUUAUGUGUUCUCUGUGCUGCUCUCGUGCUGCAACACAGACUUGAGUAGAUGCAGCAGAGACCAUAUGGUGAAGUAUAAAAUAUUUACUGUCUGGCCCUUUAUAGAAAUGUUUGCCAACCCCUGCUCUGGAGAAGUAUGAUUUUUCUUAAACACUAUUUCCUUAGAAUUCGUUAAACUGAAUUUUGCCACUUUAAAUAAACCUCUUUUGGGUAAAGGUAAAAACUGUUGCUGUUACUAUCAGAGUAAAUUCUGUUAAUCUUGUUCAGAGUAAACACUAAGACACUAAGAGUAUAAUUAUUAUACUGGGGGAGGAGGGAAUCCACCUGCUGCCUUCUUUCACCUGAGAAAUAACAAAACAGAGCAACUGAAAUGCAGCACCCAUCUGAAUUAUCUUCAAAUUACAAAACUGCCAGAUACUUUUGUGCCUUAAAAUGUGGUAUCUUAUGCUACAAAAAUAUUUUGUUUGAACUUUGGUUUGGGGUCAUCCCUCUGACUAUGACAGUGUUUCCCAAAGUUAAUUGAUCAUGGGAAAUUUUAAAAAUUUAUUGACAGGAAUCCAUUAUGAGUUAAUGAAUUAUCAUUUAUACUUGGAGUUAAGCAGACUUUAAAAAAAUGGUCACAUUGAUGAAAUAAUUUGCAUGUGCUUAUAAAAACUGUAUAACAAUAAAAAUAAUAAUUAUUAGACUGGCACUUCUCUGUAACUAAAUAUAAAUGCAAUCAAGCCUUUUCAUGCAUUACCCAGCUAUCCUUGGGCCUGGUAUGCCAUUUCUUAAAAGUGUGUUAUUGUAUAAUAACAACACCUAGAUAAAGACAUUUUGUAUUUUUCUUAUGUGUUUAUAAAUGCAUUUUGGUUUGAAAAUAUUGAUAAUGCAUAUGGGCUAUCACACAAUUUGAAAGUGCUUGCUUAUAUGGCAAUAAUACAAUAUUUUGGGUUGUUUUGGGAUUAUUUAGAAUUAAACUAGAAUGAAGUGAGGAGCCCAAUACAAUUAAUGAUCAAAAUAGAGAUCUUGUCUAGUAUCCUUUAAAAUGGUAACCUAUUAUAAUUUAUCUAGAAUAAAACCCAUAAGAAGUAAAUUAGAUUUUUAAGAGUUAUACACAGAAGAUUUUUUAUCCCUAUAAAAAACCACUAUUGAUUUUCAAAACUAUAUUGUGGAGUUGAAAUGAUUAACUUUGAAAGAACUUAAUAAUAUCAUGAGCAUCAAAUAUGGACGUUAGAAAAGGAAAUCUAGCUUUGUUUUCUCUCUUAUUCUGUCUUGGAGUAUAGCUCUUUAAAAGUUCAGAGCUUGGUAAAAUACUUUAACAACCUGGCCUUUCACAGAUGGUUGUAGGCUUUCAAGAGUACUAGCACUGGCAAUUUUUAAAAUGUCAACUUUAUAAAGUGCUGACUUUUCGUUGCAUACUAGUAGCAAACAUUUUGAAACAUGAAAACAUGAAAGAAGAUUAUAUAGGUUUUAAUUGUUUUUGAAAAGUUAUUUCAAAGGAAGGGACAAUACUGACCAGAGUCAGGAAGUAUUUUAAGAGUGUAUUUCCUGAAAGGAAUAAACAUACAUACCAAAAAUGAAAUUUCUACAACGCAGCUAGUGCUUUUGUGCAGCAAUGUUAAAAUCUUACCUGGUUCUAGUGAAUACAAACUAAGUUCUUCUCAGCUGAUUUGAUGACCUUGUCCUCCACCAGAGAGAGAUUCUAGUUUCUUCCUUGGAUGAAACAAGUGAGUCCAUGGAUCACUGGGUGAGGGAAUGUUGGGUGAAAUACUAUAUGUCCCUAUUUAAAGAGUUUCAGAAACAGUGGCCAGAAAAGAAGCAGUUUAUACAGAACACAAUGUUUCCUUGAAAACCUCCAGGUUUAUAGCCAGGCAUAGCAGCAUGCACCUGCAAUCCCAGUUACUCAGGAGGCCGAGUGGGGAGGAUCACUUGAGCCAGGAGUUGAAGACCAGCCUGGGCAAAAUAGCAAGACCCUUUCUCAAAACAAAACAAAAACAAAAACCCUCCAGAUUCUGAAGCAAAGUGAUCCACCAGUUCCAAGACCUAACCUUGAAGGCCAGGAUUCUGCAUCAGGAAGUGGUCACUGGACUCUGGGAGCCCACUGAGCUCUGGGAAUGUUGAGAGUUUGUCCACAGGGAGCAAGGGCCAUGGCUUGGCUGCCAACCAGCAGCAACUGGGUGUGAGGCAUUUUUUUUUUUUUUAAGAGACAGAGUCUCACUUUGUCAUCUUCAUUAGAGUGCUGAGGCAUCACAGCUCACAGCAACCUCCAGCUCUUGGGCUUAGGUGAUUCUCUUGUCUCAGCCUCCUGAGUAGUUGGGACUACAGGUGCCCACCACAACACCUGGUUAUUUUUUUGUUGCAGUUGGCUGGGGCCAGGUUUGAACCCUCCACCCUCAGUAUAUGGGGCCGGCACCCUACUCACAGAGCCAGAGGCACUGCCCAAGAGUGUGAGGCAUUUUUAUCCAUGAACCUCAGCUUUAGGGAUAUGAGAUUUCUUCCAUUAUGUGGGCAAUGAGCUUUCCAUUCUGACCAACCCCUCACUUAUAGUAUUCUUUGGUCUGCCCUGACCCUGGGCGAAGGCUUCCCUGGAACACUGUGGCUCUUGAGCCUGUUCCUGAGUAGCUGCAACUAUUUUUAGUAGAGAUGGGGGUCUCACCCUGGCUCAGGCUGGUCUUCCACUCCUGAGCUCAAGCCACUCUUCUGCCUCGCCUCCCAGAGUGCUAAGAUUACAGCAUGAGCCACCAUGCCUGGCCUAAAUGUAGAUUUAAAGUUGACAAACAUCAAGCACUUCUUUUAUGACAGUCCUAAACCAAUAGGAGUGGGAGUGGGGUGGGGGUCAGGGAUAUUUGAAAAUGAACCAUGUGUGGUGAUAUGUGCUGGCGAGAUUUGCCUAGUGAAUGUAAUAGAGCAGUAGAAAUCUACUUAAGUCAUGAGUUCAGAGCAAGUUCAACCAAGAACUCCACAUACAUACAAAUCUUAUAUACAUGUAUACGGCAAGGUCAUUUUCCAGUAACUUAUAAGACAUGUAGGGAAACUGGGCCAGUGCACUUUCUCCCUGGUUGUAGUCACUCAUCCCAUCCACGCUGUUGGCAUUUGCUCAGGCCCUGCCCUUUGAAACUUGUUACCUGAAGUCAUUUCCACAAAGAGUCAACGGCAUCCUAACAUAUGCUGAAAUGGGAAAUUUGGUCUGAAAAUCUGGACUGAAUAAGGAGUGAGGGCAGGAGGAUUUCAGGGACUAAGCUUGAAACAUUUAAUCUCCAAGUUGAAAACUUCAGUUUCAACUGAAACAGACUGCAGACUGCUUUUUGUAAGUAGUGACUGGUGGCUUGUCUUGAGGAAACAUUUAAUACAGCAGAUGGGAAUUAUAUGGUCAUGGGAAAUUAAUCCUUAGAGAAGCUGCCUUCUAGUGCUCUCUGAGGAUGUGUGGUUUCAGCUCUUCCCCUGAUGGCUUUGGGAACAGAACUCUGUCAUCAGGAGGCUGUUGUGGUGCAAUUGAAGUCACAGCUUUUAAGCCCUCACUAGGUGAAAGAGGUCACUAUUGCACAAAGAGAGAACACUAGAUUUUUUUCUUAAGUUUUAUAUUAUUUCAAAAGGAAUGUGGGACCCGAAGACAGGGACUCACACCUGUAAUCCCAGCACUUAGGGAGGCCACGACAGAAGGAUCACUCCAACAAGAGUUGGCGACCAGUUCGGGCAACACAUGGGCAACAUUGUGAGACCCAUCUCUACAACAUUGUGAAACCCAUCUCUACAA